AUGUCUACUUCUAGGAAGCGUUCGGCUGCUAGCCGAGGCAAAGCCGCGAAAAGAGAUCAAAGCUAUGCUCCCGAUUUCCUAAGGUUUCGGGAUGCCAAGGUAACCGAAAACUACACAAAGAGCCUGUCUAGAAAAGUUGCAUCUACCAAAUUCGUUUGUAAGCCUACACUUAUAUCACUUAUGGUUCUCGAAGGGGUCACCCAAUUGUUCCGUAACAUUUGGUGGGAAAACCUUCUCAACCUCAUGGCGCACACUUAUGAGCUCCCUACUAGAGAGUUUCUUGCUGACAGCGGAUACGACAACAAAAAAAAGAAAGCCGCAUUCCAGCUUCUAGGGGACCGAAGGUACAUCGAUUUUACAACGAUAAACGACAUCUUGGGCUUGCCUUCUUCAGACACAUCCACGAUUUUCGACGUCCUACCUGCUGAGUUCAAUCAUGAGAAGUUUUGGACGGAAAUCACCGGGGGUAUCUUCUCGUGUGCCGGUCGGGAUAAAGCAACAUCUAUCAUCCACCCAUGCCUCCGCAUUGCCCAUCGCAUCCUUGUGUGCGUGAAAAGGCCACCAAUCCCGGACUUUGCUUCAUUCUUCUUCCACAAAUGCGCCCACAUGAGAUCCAAGACAUCCAGUGAUAUUUACAUUGGGGGAUUUGUCACACUUUUGGCUCGCAGUCUUGACAUCGAGCUCCCUGAUGAAUUCCAGCCUGUUGACAACAAAAAUAUCUUGGAUGAGCGCGCCCUCAUAAACAUACACCACAUCCAUCGCAGGAACAGGAGCAACUUCACGUGGUUUUGUCCUCAAGGGGUGGGGUAUCUCGUUCUUCCCGACCCUCGAGUUACCAACUUCACCUUCCACGAUUGCACUCAAUGGAUACUCGCGAGGACCAUCACUCAGUCAGUCAAUGAGGAUGUGGUCUAA